AUCUAUUUCUGAGUAUUAUGGAAUCGAUGGAGGAAUCAUGGGAAGGCUGGUUCCAGGAUUUGGAAAUAGCUGGUGACUUCAUGAGUUUCGCUUUUGGGGCUGAUCAUGAAUUUGGUAAUUCAUCCUCACAGGAGAACUUUGAUACAGAGACCUUUAACGCCGGCGAAAACGGCGUCAUCAUCACGAGCAAUCCUUCAAGUUCAAAAUCUGUGAACGCCCCACAUCUCACGGCUUCGAAUUCCCAUCUGUACGCUCAUCAUCAAGUCGAUUCUGUCUUCAUGCUAGAAGACAAGGCUUCUUUUGAUGAUCCUUUGAAAACGUACUUUGAGAGUCAAAGAAAUAUUAAAGAAAGAGAGAUGUCGUCGGAGGGUAGAAAUAGAAAUCCUCGAGUACAAGAUCACUUAAUUGCUGAGAGAAUGAGGAGAGGAAAGAUCUCGCAGCACUUCAUUGCUCUUUCAGCCCUAAUUCCUGGCCUCAAAAGGGCGGACAAGGCGUCUGUGCUGGAGGGAGCUAUAAACCACGUGAAGCAGCUUCAAGUGCAAGUUAAAAUGCUGGAAGAUCAACAGACCAAUAAGAAGAAGAAAGCCAGAGAAUCUGUGGUGUUUGUGAAGAAAUCUCAGCUGAUCUCUAUGGAUGAUCAUGACCAUGUGACAGACAUGGCGUUGAAUCAUUCAUCAUCGGACACUGAGAACUCCCAUGAUGUUGCCACCAAAUGUAAUAGAACAGUAGCAGACGCGGAUGUGGAAGCAAGGGUUUCAGACAAGAAUGUGUUGAUUCGAAUCCAAUGCGAGAAACAAGAAGGAAUAAUGGUGAAGAUGAUGAUGGAGAUAGAAAAACUUCACUUGUCUAUGGUAAAUAGCAGUGUCGUGCCGUUCGGGAGAUCCAUUCUGGACAUCACCAUCAUUGCUGAGAUGGAGGAUGAAUUCAACUUGAGCGUGAAAGAGCUCGCUAGAAAUCUCAGGGUAGCACUCUUGCGAUCAACAUAAUGUUACGUGUACUACUGGGUGUUUGUAUCAAUUAGUUAAGGAGUUGAUCUAUCUUAACUAAAAGUUUCAAAUUCAAGCUCUAGAAAUACAGUAGUGAUUAAAUACUCAGUGGCAAGUGUACCCCUCAAAGAGAUGCUCAAAAAUUACCAAUCAGAUUAGUCUAGAUUAAAGACCUAGGAUACCACAAAAAAAAAAAAAUUACGCUUACAUAUUGAUAAUGCAAUUAAUGUUACUAGUUAGCUUGGAUUGAAUGACCAAAAACGG